AUGCCUCGAGCGACAACAGAUCGAUUUUCAAGAGCGCACCAGCCAUCAGCAAGGGCUUCAAAGGAGAAAAGAAAUGGAGAAUCCUCUUCGUCUGCUGUCCGCAACCCGAUAUUCAACACAGAACGAUUUGGCCAGCACAUCUUGAAAAAUCCGGCUAUUGCCCAAAAGUCUGUUACCGCCAAUCUCAGACCUACGGAUAAAGUACUGGAAGUCGGUCCAGGUACCGGUAAUCUGACAAUGCGAAUACUAGAGAAGGCCAAGCUCGUCACUGCAGUAGAGAUGGAUCCACGGAUGGCGGCUGAACUGACGAAGCGAGUUCAGGGAAAACCUGAACAGCGGAAACUAGAAGUUAUCAUUGGCGACUUCGUCAAAGCGGAUCUGCCCUAUUUUGACGUCUGCAUAUCCAACACCCCGUAUCAAAUUUCCUCACCACUCAUUUUUCGGUUACUCUCGCACCGCCCUCUGCCUCGAGUAUGUGUCUUAAUGUUCCAGCGCGAAUUUGCGCUGCGGCUUCUAGCACGACCAGGUAGUAACCUAUGGUCAAGAUUGUCUGCGAAUGUUCAGCUGUUCGCGAAAGUAGACCAUGUUAUGGCCGUUGGGAAGAACAACUUCCGACCAGCGCCUAUGGUAGAAAGCAGUGUCAUCCGUAUGGUGCCAUUGGACCCACCUCCUCCCGUGAAGUUCGAAGAAUAUGAUGGUCUGGGAAGGAUCAUUUUCAGUCGGAGGAAUAAGACCAUACAUGGAAAUUUCAUGGCGAAGGGUGUCGUCGAUAUGCUGGAGAAAAACUGGCGGACGUGGUGUUCAGAAACCGACCGGAUUAUUGAGGACAAUGUGGAUAUGAAAGCCAAGAUUGACACCGUGCUCGAGGAGACUGGAAACACGGAAAAUCGUGCAGCUAAAAUGGAUGUUGAUGAUCUACUAAAACUGCUGUCUGCUUUUCAUGACAUCGGUGUACAUUUUGCGUGA